AUGGAGAAUCAGACUGAGAUGACAGAAUUUAUCCUCUUGGGUUUUGUUGUUGAACGCUGGCUGGAGAUCCUACUCUUUGUUGCAAUCCUGCUCACUUACUUCUUGAUACUGCUGGGGAACAUUGUCAUCAUCUUCAUCACACUGGUGGACACUCAUCUCAAAACCCCCAUGUAUUUCUUCCUUCGAAACUACUCCCUCCUGGAAAUCCCUUUCACCUUUGUUGUCAUUCCUAAGAUGCUCUCCAACCUUUUGGCAGAGAGAAAAACCAUUUCCCUUCCUGGAUGUUUCAUUCAGGCUUUUUUCUUUUUUUUCCUGGGAAUCAAUGGCCUUUUCUAUCUGUCUGUCAUGUCGUUUGAUAGGUACGUAGCUGUCUGCAACCCAUUACGGUAUGCCACCAUCAUGAAUACUAGGCUCUGUUUCCAGUUGCUGAUGGGUUCAUGGGGAGUUAGUUUCCUCUUAGUCCUUCCACCCUCAGUGAUGACCACCAAACUGAAAUUCUGUGGUCCCAACAUCAUCAACCACUUCUUCUGUGAUACCACCCCUCUCUUGCAACUCUCCUGCCAGGAUACAAGACUAAUAGAAGUAAUGACUUUAUUUGCUGCAGUAUUCACCUUACUCAGUACUUUGGCACUCAACAUCGCCUCUUAUCUCCGAAUCAUCGGCACCAUCCUGCGCAUCCCGUCUGCUGCAGGAAGGAAAAAUGCUUUCUCCACCUGCUCUGCUCACCUGACUGUUGUGUCCGUGUUGUACGGCAGCUGCAUAGGCAGGUACAUCAGACCCCCAGAAAACAGAGGGGAAGAGUUUGAUAAAGUGUUGGCUCUUCUCUACACCCUGGGCAUCCAGAUCUUCAAUCCCUUCAUAUACACACUCAGGAACAAGCAAGUCAAAGAGGCCUUUAUGAAGACUUUCAAGAGGGUGAGCUGUAGAAUUCCCAUCUGCAAAGGUGUUUAG